UCCAAUCCCAAUAGCUAGGCGGUUUUCAACUAGUAAAACUCAUACUUUUUCAAUCCAAUCAGGAAAAUCCUAAUUGGGAUACAAUCGGGGCGGUUCCAAAACUGAACUUUUCUAGUCCAACCCCAAUUGGGAUUCUGUCAACUAUAUAUAUAGGAUCUGUUAUCGUCCGCUUCAUCGUAUAUUGCUUUCACUUUAGAAUCUCUUCGUCGUACUUGAUUUUUUUUUCAGAUGGCCGAUUCGGGUGGUGGUGCAGAGGCACAUGCACGUAUGAAACAGUAUGAAUACCGAGCAAACUCAAAUCUUACCCUAACCACCGAUUCUCGUCGUCCUCGUGAUAUUCAUGAACUGACCGGUGAACCUGAGUCUCUUUAUGGCAGAAUAGACCCCAAAACAUUUGGUGAUCGAGCUUACAGAGGUAGACCAUCUGAGAAGGAUAGGAAGAAAAAGGAGCGGCAAUGGGACACACUUGCCUCUGAGCCUAAAAGACGACGACUUCUUCAGGAAGAAAGUGUUCUUAAUUUAACUGAUGAGGAAGGUGGAGUUUACCAGCCUAAAACUAUGGAAACUAGGGCUGCUUAUGAAGCCAUGCUCAGCCUUAUUCAGCAGCAAAUUGGCGGGCAGCCCUUUAGUGUUGUGAGUGGGGCUGCUGAUGAGAUAUUGGCCGUGUUAAAAGACGGCAACUUUAAGAACCCUGAAAAGAAAUUGGAAAUUCAUAAGCUGUUAAACCCUAUUUCGGACCAGGUGUUUGAUAAGUUGGUGUCGAUUGGGCAACUCAUCACUGACUACCAGUUAGAUGGCCACGUUGAUAGUGAUGAAGCUCUUGAUUAUGAUGUUGGUGUGGCAGUUGAGUUUGAGGAGAAUGAAGACGAAGAAGAAGAUGAAGAAAGCGAGAUUGAUGAUGAAGAGGAUGAUGAUGUUGUGCUGGAAGCCAAUGGUUCUGGCUCAAUGCAAAUGGGCAGUGGCAUUGAUGAAGAUGAGAUGCAGGAGUCGGAUGAAGGAAUGGCUUUGAAUGUUCAGGACAUAGAUGCUUAUUGGCUUCAAAGAAAGAUUUCUCAAGCUUACCAGCAGCAGAUGGAUCCGCAACAGAGCCAAAAGCUUGCUGAAGAAGUUCUUAAAAUUCUUGCUGAAAGGGAUGAUGAUCGCCAAGUAGAAACCAAGCUACUGGUUCAUCUCCAAUUUGACAAGUUCAGUCUCAUCAAAUAUCUUCUAGGGAACCGGCUUAAGGUAGUAUGGUGUACCCGUCUUGCAAGGGCUGAAGACCAAGAGAAAAGGAAGAGAAUUGAAGAAGAGAUGUUGGCUUUGGGGCAAGAUCAUGCUGCCAUAUUAGAGCAGUUGCGCGCGACUAGGGUUACAGCAAAAGAGAGGCAGAAGAAGUUGGAAAAAAACAUUAGGGAAGAGGCUCGGUCUCUUAAAGAUGAGACUGGUGGUGUUGAUGGUAACGGGGAUAGUAAGGCACUUAUAGAUAGAGAUGUUGAUAAUGGUGGACAGCAUGAGUUGCUUGAUCUUGACAGCCUUACAUUUCAUCAAGGUGGUUUAUUGAUGUCAAAUAAGACAUUAGAGCUUCCAGCGGGGUCUUAUAGGAGUCAUAAGAAGGGCUAUGAGGAAGUUCAUGUACCAGCAUUGAAGUCCAAGCCACUAGCCCCUGGCCAAGAGCUUGUGAAGAUAUCGUCCAUUCCAGAGUGGGCUCAACCAGUGUUUAGCGGGAUGACCCAAUUGAACAAGGUGCAGAGUAAAGUAUAUGAAACUGCCCUCUUUACCCCAGAGAACAUUUUGCUCUGUGCUCCGACUGGUGCUGGGAAGACCAAUGUAGCUAUGUUUACUAUACUUCAGCAAAUUGCACUAAACCGCAACGAAGAUGGAUCAUUCAACCACAACAAUUAUAAGAUUGUAUAUGUGGCACCCAUGAAAGCCCUUGUUGCGGAAGUGGUUGGUAAUCUCUCCAAGCGGUUGGAACAUUAUGGUGUCAAGGUGAAAGAGUUGAGCGGUGAUCAAACAUUAACUCGUCAACAGAUUGAAGAGACUCAAAUUAUUGUGACUACCCCAGAGAAGUGGGAUAUUAUAACAAGAAAGUCAGGCGAUCGCACGUAUAUGCAGCUUGUUAAACUUGUUAUUAUUGAUGAGAUACAUCUCCUUCAUGACAAUCGAGGGCCUGUCCUGGAGAGUAUCAUUGCGAGAACUGUUAGACAGAUUGAAACCACAAAAGAGCAUAUUCGGCUUGUUGGAUUAUCAGCAACUCUUCCAAAUUAUGAGGACGUGGCUGUGUUUUUGCAAGUUGAUCGGAACAAAGGACUCUUUCAUUUUGACAAUAGCUAUAGACCUGUACCGUUGGCUCAACAGUAUAUUGGUAUUACUGUUAAGAAGCCACUGCAGAGAUUCCAGUUGAUGAAUGAUGUUUGCUAUGAGAAGGUGAUUAGUGUUGCAGGAAAGCAUCAGGUGCUUAUUUUUGUCCAUUCAAGGAAAGAAACAGCUAAAACAGCUCGGGCAAUACGGGAUACUGCACUUGCUAAUGACACCCUUGGUAAGUUUUUGAAGGAGGAUAGUUUAACUUGGGAAAUUCUACAGUCUCAAACUGAGCUUAUCAAGAGCAAUGACCUCAAAGAUGUUCUACCAUAUGGUUUUGCGAUUCACCAUGCGGGGUUGGCUAGAACUGAUCGGCAACUUGUGGAGGAGCUUUUUGCUGCUGGCCAUGUGCAAGUUUUGGUUUCAACAGCAACCUUAGCUUGGGGUGUCAAUUUACCUGCACAUACUGUCAUUAUAAAGGGCACUCAGAUAUACAAUCCUGAAAAAGGAGCCUGGACUGAACUCAGUCCCCUUGAUGUUAUGCAGAUGCUUGGCCGUGCGGGAAGGCCUCAAUAUGACACUUAUGGUGAAGGAAUCAUCAUAACUGGACACACACAAUUGCAAUAUUAUCUUUCUUUAAUGAAUCAGCAGCUUCCUAUUGAAAGUCAACUAAUAUCUAAGUUGCCUGAUCAAUUGAACGCAGAGAUUGUCCUUGGGACGGUGCAGAAUGCCAAAGAGGCAUGCAAGUGGCUCCUCUAUACUUACCUCUGUGUUCGAAUGCUACGAAAUCCCACUCUUUAUGGUCUCAAAACUGACUUUGCUUUGGAGGAAAGGUGUGCUGACUUGGUUCAUUCUGCAGCUACAUUACUGGACAAAAACAACCUGAUUAAGUAUGAUAGAAAAAGUGGAUAUUUUCAGGUGACUGACCUGGGUCGCAUUGCUAGCUAUUACUACAUAACUCAUGGGACAAUUUCCACAUACAAUGAGCACUUGAAACCGACGAUGGGUGAUAUUGAGCUUUGUAGACUCUUCUCUCUCAGUGAGGAGUUCAAAUAUGCAACGGUAAGACAAGAUGAGAAGAUGGAAUUGGCAAAGCUUCUGGAUCGUGUUCCCAUUCCUAUCAGAGAGAGUCUUGAGGAGCCCAGUGCCAAGAUCAAUGUUCUACUGCAGGCAUAUAUUUCGCAGCUGAAGCUCGAAGGGUUGUCUUUGUCAUCGGACAUGGUUUAUAUAACUCAGAGUGCUGCACGUCUCAUGCGAGCUCUUUUUGAGAUAGUUCUGAAAAGAGGAUGGGCUCAGUUAGCUGAGAAGGCCUUGAAAUGGUGCAAAAUGAUAAGCAAAAGGAUGUGGAGUGUACAGACACCACUUCGCCAAUUCCAUGGCAUACCAAAUGAGAUCUUGAUGAAGUUGGAGAAGAAAGAUUUGGCUUGGGAGCGUUAUUAUGAUCUUUCAUCACAAGAAUUGGGAGAGCUUAUCCGGUCCCCAAAGAUGGGAAGGACGUUACACAAGUUUAUUCAUCAGUUCCCAAAGCUGAACCUCACAGCACAUGUUCAACCAAUUACCCGGUCAGUUUUGAGGGUAGAAUUGACUAUUACACCAGAUUUCCGAUGGGACGACAAGGUUCAUGGUUUUGUAGAACCUUUCUGGGUGAUUGUUGAAGAUGAUGAUGGAGAAUAUAUUCUUCACUAUGAAUAUUUCAUGCUGAAGAAGCAGUAUAUUGAUGAAGACCAUACUUUGAACUUCACAGUCCCAAUAUAUGAGCCAUUGCCCCCUCAAUAUUUCAUUCGCGUUGUCUCAGACAGAUGGCUAGGGUCCGAAACUGUUUUGCCAGUCUCUUUCCGACACCUGAUUUUGCCUGAAAAAUAUCCUCCUCCCACCGAGUUACUAGACUUACAACCUCUGCCAAUAACUGCAUUGAGGAAUCCAGCAUAUGAAGCACUUUGUCAAGAUUUUAAGCAUUUCAAUCCGGUUCAGACUCAGGUUUUCACAGUGUUGUACAAUUCAGAUGACAAUGUUUUGGUUGCAGCUCCAACUGGUAGUGGGAAGACCAUUUGUGCUGAAUUUGCCAUAUUGAGGAAUCAUCAGAAAGGACCUGAUAGUGCCAUGCGUGCUGUAUAUAUAGCUCCACUAGUGGCUCUUGCCAAGGAGCGAUUCAGUGAUUGGAAGAAGAAAUUUGGAGACUCUCUGGGGAUGAGAGUUGUUGAAUUAACUGGGGAGACAACCAGUGAUCUGAAGCUGUUGGAGAAGGGUCAAUUAAUUAUCAGCACGCCUGAGAAAUGGGAUGCUUUAUCUCGUCGUUGGAAACAGCGUAAGCAUGUUCAGCAAGUCAGUCUUUUCAUAAUCGAUGAGUUGCAUCUGAUUGGUGGUCAAGGUGGCCCAAUCCUGGAGGUAAUCGUCUCUCGGAUGAGAUAUAUCUCAAGCCAGGUUGAGAACAAGAUCCGGAUCAUCGCUUUGUCAACUUCCCUAGCUAAUGCCAAGGAUUUGGGAGAAUGGAUUGGGGCUACAUCUCAUGGGCUCUUCAACUUUCCUCCUACUGUCAGGCCUGUGCCACUGGAAAUACACAUUCAGGGUAUUGAUAUUGCUAACUUUGAAGCUAGGAUGCAAGCCAUGACAAAGCCCACAUAUACUGCAAUAGUCCGACAUGCAAGGAAAGGAAAACCUGCAAUCGUGUAUGUUCCUACAAGGAAGCAUGCACGCUUGACUGCCCUAGAUCUGAUGACUUAUUCAAGCAUGGACAGCGAAGACACACCUAUAUUUCUGCUACGAUCUGCAGACGAGUUGGAGCCUUUUGUCAACAGGAUCAAUGAAUCUAUGCUGAAGGAGACACUCAAAUAUGGCGUGGGCUACUUGCAUGAGGGAUUGAGUGGCAAUGAUCAGGCUAUAGUGAAAACAUUGUUUGAAACUGGAUGGAUUCAAGUGUGUGUAAUGAACAGUACAAUGUGUUGGGGAGUAGCAGUAUCUGCACAUUUGGUGGUGGUCAUGGGAACUCAAUACUAUGAUGGUAGGGAAAAUGCACAGUACACUGAUUAUCCGGUUACUGAUUUGUUGCAGAUGAUGGGUCAUGCUAGUCGUCCUCUUGUAGAUAGCUCUGGGAAGUGUAUCAUCCUCUGCCAUGCACCACGGAAGGACUACUAUAAGAAGUUCUUGUAUGAAGCAUUCCCAGUUGAAAGCCAUCUGCAGCACUAUCUCCAUGACAAUUUGAAUGCUGAGGUGGUUACUGGAGUUAUUCAGAACAAGCAGGAUGCUGUGAAUUACCUAACAUGGACCUUCAUGUACAGAAGGCUGACACAGAAUCCAAAUUACUACAAUCUGCUGGGUGUUGGUCACAGGCAUCUCUCUGACCACCUCUCGCAGCUGGUGGAGAAUGCUAUCAGUGACUUGGAGGCAAGCAAAUGUGUCGCCGUUGAGGAUGACUUUUUGCUUUCACCUAUGAAUCUUGGCAGGAUAGCGUCAUAUUAUUAUAUCAGUUACACGACAAUAGAGCGUUUUAACUCUUCUUUGACCUCCAAAACGAAGUUGAAGGGCAUGCUGGAAAUAUUGGCUUCAGCUUCGGAAUAUGAACAGUUGCCUAUACGACCAGGUGAGGAGGAGUUGAUAAGAAGGUUGAUUCAUCACCAGCGUUUCUCUUUUGAGAAUCCGAUAUACACAGAUCCUCACAUAAAGGCUAAUGCUCUUUUGCAAGCCCAUUUCUCUAGGCAAGUGGUGGGUGGCAAUCUCGUUUCUGACCAGCAAGAGGUGCUUGUUUCUGCUACUAGGCUGCUUCAAGCAAUGGUUGAUGUUAUUUCCAGCAAUGGAUGGUUUAGUCUAGCAAUUCUAGCAAUGGAGGUAAGCCAGAUGGUGACACAGGGAAUGUGGGUACGUGAUUCUGUGCUUCUCCAGGUUCCACACUUCACAGAGGAAUUGGCUAGCAAGUGCCUAGAAAAUCCAGGAAAGAGUAUAGAGACAGUGUUUGAUUUAGUGCAGAUGAAAGUUGACGAGAAGCGUGAGCUCUUUCAAAUGUCGGACUUAGAGCUUAUGGAUAUUGAACGGUUCUGUAAUCGGUUUCCAGACAUUGAUUUGACAUAUGAUGUGCUGGAGAGUGAUAAUGUGAGGGCUGGAGACCAUGUAAGUGUGCAGGUAACCCUUGAGCGAGAUAUUAAGGGUAGAACAGAGGUUGGGCCUGUUUUUGCACCCAGAUAUGCUAAAGCCAAGGAAGAAGGAUGGUGGCUUGUUGUUGGCGAUACAAAGAGCAACCAAUUACUGGCCAUUAAGAGAGUUACGUCCCUCCAAAGGAAGUGUAGUGUCAAGCUGGAGUUUGCUGCGCCUGCAGAAGCUGGAACGAGGACCUACACACUCUAUUUUGUCUGCGACUCUUAUUUUCUGGCCUGUGAUCAGGAAUAUAGUUUUACUCUUGAUGUUAAAGAAGCAAUGGCUGAAGAUAACAAUGGUAAGAGAUUGAUGUAGCGUUUCUUUUCUUUUUUUUGGAGAACAUACUCUAAAUGCUUAGUUUAUUACCAUAGACAAGCUAGUGGUGAUUAGUUGUGUGGCUCUCUGCUUUAGAUCCUUCUUUUUCGAUAGAGACUAGAUUUCAAUGGCAAUUGUGCAGCUGCCUAAUAGGUUUGAAAUGCUGGUGGGAUGGCACGUCAACCCACCAGUGGUGAUUAGUUAUUUGAUAUCAGUAUUGGUUUUCUCUCACUUAGAGGUUUCUGGUUCUGCCUUGUCCCUUCCCUGUCAACCCUUUACAAUAUAUAGGGAAGCUUAUUUGUACCACAAAGCUA